AGUUUUAACAUAAAACUGUGUCAAAUCCCCCGGAGUGACGUCACUUCCUGUACAGGUGUCUCGUUGUAACGGCUGAAACAUCCACAACAAGAGCAAAGCGGAACGUUUCAGCGAUUACAGAGUUUCUACAGUCCCUCCACUUAAAUCUAAUUGCACUGUUUAAAUACAGUGAGCAGAGUGGCUUUUCAGGAGACGAGCACACCUUCGCGAGUGGCCUGCCACUUUGGCUUGUUACAGAUUUGUAGACGUGCAAAUUACACCAGGAAUAUAGAAUUUUGGGGUUUUUAUCACAGCAGAGCAGCAGUUGGCAGGGAGUGUUGGACAGGGCCAUGGAGGCACCUGAGGGGGAAGGCCGCACAUUUAUGCAGGUGAUCAGUGAGAAAUACAGCCCUGAGAACUUCCCCUACCGCCGGGGCCCUGGCAUGGGGGUGGUUGUACCGUCAGGCCAUCAGGGAUCCCCUAUGAAAGACCGACUGAACCUGCCCAGUGUGCUGGUCCUGAAUGGCUGUGGAAUUAGCCAUGCAGGGGAUGAAGGAGAGAUUGCAGCUUUUUGUGCUCAUGUGGUGGAACUGGACUUAUCUCAUAACAAACUCCAAGACUGGCAUGAGAUCAGCAAGAUUGUUAUGAGCAUUCCAAACCUGGACUUCCUAAAUCUUAGCUCAAACCCUCUGAGUGACACAGUGCUGGAUCCGGAUUUGGCUGAGGCUUUCUGUAGAGUGCGCCGUCUCGUCCUCAACAACACUCGGGUUUCGUGGGAUGUUGUUCACGCCUUUACACGCGAGAUGCCUGAAUUGGAAGAGCUGUUCCUGUGCCUUAAUGAAUACAGCACUGUGACGGUGUCUGCAUCUCCAUGUCCUUCUCUGCGGCUGCUGCACAUUACAGACAACAGUCUGGAGGACUGGGGCGAGGUGCGCAAGUUUGGCAUCAUGUUUCCCUCGCUCAGCACACUCGUCUUGGCUAACAACAACCUGAACUCCAUUCUUGACUCUGAGGACAAUCUUCGCCGACUCUUUCCUAACUUGCGUAGCAUCAAUCUGCACAACUCGGGUCUGAAUCAAUGGGAAGACAUUGAGAAGUUAAAUGUUCUGCCUAAACUGGAGGAGGUACGAUUGCAAGGCAUUCCUCUGCUGCAGGCCUACACUAACACAGAGAGGCGCAGUCUUAUGAUAGCUCAAUUGCCUUCAGUGGGCUGCCUCAACGGAAGCAUCGUUACAGAGGGAGAGCGCGAGGAUGCUGAGAGGUUCUUCAUCCGUUACUAUCGGGAUUACUCUGAAGAGGAGCUGCCUCAGAGGUACCACUAUUUGGUAGCUAAGUAUGGGAAAUUGGCGCCAUUGGCCGAGAUCGACCUGCGGCCACGCUGCCAUGCUAAGGUGGAAGUGCACUGUGAAGACCGGGUAGAGCAGGUGAACAUCAGGCUAGACCAGACCGUGGCUGAGCUGAAAAAACAGCUGAAAACUGUGGUGAGACUCUCAGCCAGUAACAUGCGUCUUUACUACAUUGACAAGGACCUGCACUCAGCCUUUGGGCCGGAAGAGAUGAAGUAUAGCACAAGGGCCUUGCAUUCCUACAGUAUUCGGGAUGGGGACGAGCUCCUGGUAGUGCCCAAGAGCAAAUGACUGACUGGCACAAGAACCAAGACAAAACUGUGCUGGAAUCUUUUGCGUGCACGUUAACACUACAUAGAUUUCACACUGUGUAACUGAGACAGGAUUCCAGAAAUAUAAAAAAAGAAAUUCUAGGCUUUAAUUCUAUCUAUCUAUCUAUCUAUCUAUCUAUCUAUCUAUCUAUCUAUCUAUCUAUCUAUCUAUCUAUCUAUCUAUCUAUCUAUCUAUCUAUCUAUCUAUCUAUCUAUCUAUCUAUCUAUCUAUCUAUCUAUCUAUCUAUCUAUCUAUCUAUCUAUCUAUCUAUCUAUCUAUCUAUCUAUCUAUCUAUCUAUCUAUGAAUUUCAGAGACAUUACUUUGUGUUUUAAAGGGCAUCUUGCAGCUCACCUUGCAGUCCAGUGUGCCGCUGCGCUUGUUGCCAUGCCGUACAUAUGGCUUUCUUCUUUAUGUUGCCUUUGACCAUGAAUGCGGUUUGCUCUAAACUGUCAGUUAAUGCCUGUUUCUUUAAAAGGAAAGCACAAAGAGCUUUAGUAGUUCAAUAAGUGCGUCCUGUGAAACUUGACAAUCAUCAGCCACCAGUUAUAUCGUGGGAGGGUGUCACAUCCUGCGAAUGUUAUACAGAGCAAACAGUGGACUUGUAGAUGGUAUAUGUGUAGUGUAACUCAGGCCAUACCGUUUAAUAGUAAUUUAUAAUCUGACAGUAUAAUAACGACGGACAUCCUGUAGAGAAAUGAAGGUUUCUGUUUAUCUACAUAUUUUGUAGUGUUUGGUCCAUGCAUGAAUACACUACAAGUUAUUGUCUACCCUUAUAGUUUUCUGAAUUCAUUCAGAUUAAUCCUUAAGUCAGUCAGUGUCCCGUCUGAGAUCUGUUCAUUUUUUUUUUUUUUUUUUUUUUUUUAAACAUAUAAA